AGACAAGAACAAUCAAUCCACCAUACCGGUAGUAAGCGAACUAAAUAAGGCUUGGUCGCAGGGGUUAAACCAGAUUAUUAGGUAAAAUGGAUUGUGACGCAGAGGUUUAACACUACAGAAGAGCACGGUUCGCAUUCGAUGAGGGCGAGCAGUCUAAGGUGACUCUUUUACAGACGGUAGAUGGUAUGACACUUCAGACAACAGGCAGUGAAGCGAUAAAGGGCGUGCUGCUGGAGAAUGGCUUCCUUUCUGCAGAUUGCUGAUGAUGACAAGGGUCAUGAUUUGGAUCUCUUUUGUAUCCCUAAACACUAUGAAGAGGACUUAGAUAAAGUUAUUAUUCCUCAUGGCCUUAUAAUGGAUAGGACAGAACGCUUGGCACGAGAUAUUAUACAGGAAAUAGGAGGAUAUCAUAUUGUGGCUCUAUGCGUACUGAAAGGUGGUUAUACAUUCUUUGCAGAUCUGCUAAAUUAUAUCAAGGCACUUAAUCGAAACAGCGAUAACUCUCUUCCGUUGACUGUGGAUUUCAUUAGACUUAAAAACUAUGGUAAACAUGAGUCUACAAGCAAUGUUAAAAUUAUUGGAGGAGAUGAACUGUCUACACUGAGAGGAAAAAAUGUUUUAAUAGUUGAGGACAUUGUGGAGACAGGCAGAACUAUCCAAGCAUUACUGUCUCUUCUAAAUGGACACAAACCAAACAUGGUAAAAGUAGUAAGCCUUCUGGUGAAACGAACACCACGAAAUUUAGGAUACAGGCCAGACUAUAUAGGCUUUGAAAUUCCUGACAAAUUCUUUGUAGGAUAUGCUCUUGACUACAAUGAAUAUUUUAGAGAUCUUAGUGUUCUGAUCAGAUUUCGUCCUGGAACUUGGCAUCACAUUUGUUUACUAAGUGAGCGAGGAAAACAGAAGUACAGAGUUUGAAACAAAAAUGGAAAAAGCUGCAUUCUGAAGGCUCAUGAAAACUUUACCAUUUAAAGCUGAAAACCACUGUGAAUCUGCAUGUCUGUACUAUUGUGCUGUGAAACUUGUAGUUUGUAAUGUUUUAUUUUUCUACCUGAAUUGUAAUUCUUUUAUGUACAAAGUUUGAAUAACUUACCUCGUUUUGGUUGUAAAACUGUUACAACCUUGUUCAUUUUUAUAUAACAGUUCUGUUUCAAUAAUUGAAAAAAGUA